AUGAAGACUUCUACGUUGGUCUCAAUUGUUCUGAGCUUGCCCGGCGCGAUCGCUGUUCCAGGUGGGCUCAAUCCCGAUGAUAUUGCAUUCGCAGGUGUGCAACGAGCCUUCCCCAAUGCGCCGGACGGGUACGUGCCGACCUCUGUCCGUUGCCCGGCGAGCCGACCGUCAGUUCGCAGCGCAGCUAGGCUGUCUCCAAACGAGACAUCAUGGCUAGAGGGUCGCCGCGGCAAGACCGUGUCGGCCAUGAAGGAUUUCUUCGGACAUGUGAAAGUAGGCGAUUAUGACGUCGGUGCCUACCUUGAUAAACAUGCUGGGAACUCGUCAAGUUUGCCAAAUAUCGGCAUUGCCGUUUCGGGCGGUGGAUGGCGUGCAUUGAUGAACGGUGCCGGUGCGAUCAAGGCUUUCGACAGCCGGACGUACAAUUCGACCGCAACUGGGCAUUUGGGUGGUCUGCUGCAGUCUGCUACCUAUAUUGCUGGUCUGAGUGGAGGCAGCUGGUUGCUUGGUUCAAUCUAUAUCAAUAACUUUACUACAAUCGAUAAGCUGCAGACGCACAAAGAUGGUGCCGUUUGGCAGUUUGGAAACUCGAUCAUUGAGGGUCCUGAUACUGGUGGUAUCCAGCUUCUUGAUUCUGCGGGUUACUACAAGGACCUUGCUGAUGCUGUCCACGCAAAGGACGACGCUGGGUUUGAUACUUCUCUUACUGAUCUCUGGGGCCGUGCACUCUCAUUCCAAAUGUUCAAUGCUACCAAUGGUGGGGUCAGCUAUACCUGGUCUUCCAUUGCCGAGACCCCCGAGUUCCAAGAUGGAGACUACCCGAUGCCAUUUGUUGUUGCAGAUGGACGUAACCCUGGUGAACUAGUUAUUGGCGGUAACGCGACCGUCUAUGAGUUCAACCCGUGGGAGUUUGGCACCUUUGACCCUACUAUCUUUGGUUUCGUUCCUCUUAAGUAUCUGGGCUCUAAGUUCGAGGGUGGCUUGCUUCCGAGCAACGAGAGCUGCAUCAGCGGUUUCGACAAUGCUGGCUUUGUUAUCGGAACCUCCUCCACACUCUUCAACCAGUUCCUUCUCCAGAUCAACACCACCUCGCUCCCCUCAUUCGUAAAGAAUGUUUUCAACAAAAUCUUGACCGGGCUAGGCAAUGAUUCAAACGACAUUGCUUCGUACGAUCCCAACCCAUUCUAUAAGUAUAACGAGCACUCGUCGCCGUAUGCUGCGCAAAAAAUGCUGGACGUUGUCGAUGGUGGCGAGGAUGGACAAAAUGUCCCUUUGCAUCCUCUUAUCCAACCCGAGCGCCACGUCGAUGUCAUCUUCGCCGUCGAUUCCUCGGCCGACACUGAAUAUUUCUGGCCCAACGGCACAUCCCUGGUUGUCACCUACCAGCGCAGCCUGAACUCCAGCGGUAUCGGCAACGGCACCGCCUUCCCUGCGGUCCCAGACCAAAACACCUUCGUUAACCUAGGUCUCAGCACCCGCCCAUCUUUCUUUGGCUGUGAUAGUGCUAAUCAGACCGGACCCACGCCUCUCGUCGUGUACAUCCCCAAUGCCCCUUACUCCUACCAUUCCAAUAUUUCCACCUUCCAACUAAGCACCGACGACGAGGAGCGUGACAAGAUCAUUCUCAAUGGCUACGAGGUUGCCACCAUGGCCAACGGCACCACCGACGCCGACUGGACAUCCUGUGUCGGCUGUGCUAUCCUCAGCCGCUCAUUCGAGCGCACUGGUACCACUCUCCCCGAUAUCUGCAACCAGUGUUUCGACCGGUACUGCUGGAACGGAACUGUGAACUCCACCACACCGCACAACUAUGAUCCUGCUUAUUACCUGACUGAGAGCAUGGCCUCGGUGAAAUUGCCCGCCAUGCUGUCCACAGUGGUCGCAGCCGGCCUGGCAAUGCUCAUCCUGGCAUAA